AUGAUCGAGGAUAACGACGACGACAUUCAGAGCAGCCUCUACUGGCGACAAGCUUUCGACGUGAGGACAGCCGAGCUCUCAGAUGUUCCAACACAAAAGGCGGCUGCGGAAGUGGCUUCACUCGGACUGCCUGAUACACGGUGCGCUUACCAGGGUUUACGAGAAGCUGGGCAAGACCAAGCCACGAUAACACCACCCACCCUCAAGGACGAAAAAGACGGCGACGAGGGCAAGACCAAGCCACACACAACACCACCCACCCUCAAGGACGAAAAAGACGGCGACUGCGGAAAGUGGCUUCACUCGGACUGCCUAAUACACGACGCGCUCGCCAGGGUUUACGAGAAGCUGGGCAAGACCAAGCCACACAUAACACCACCCACCCUCAAGGACGAAAAAGACGGCGACGAGGCCAAGACCGAGCCACACAUAACACCACCCACCCUCAAGGACGAAAAAGGCUUCAUCGCCCUGUACCUCUUGUCAUUUUCCAGCCCGCUCCUGUCGCCCAACCUGCUGCACAAGAUCCCCAGCGACGCCGCGGCCGAGAUCAUGAGCGGCAAGCAGGUCGACUCGUCGCUCCUGGGCCAGAUCUUUACCAACCCGUACAGCGCCGGUGCGCUCGAGAUGGCCCGCGCCAACAAGAUGGUAGGUUUUGCUUUGCUGACGGCGACGAGGCCCAAGACCCUCAAGGACGAAAAAGACGGCGACGAGGCCAAGAGUCCACUGAGCCCCAAGGAGUCCGCAUGGGCGAUGCCUGUCGGGCUACAAGAUGGCCAUGCGCCUGGAGUGGACGCGGCUGCGCGACAUGGCCUCCAGAUGCCAAAGACGCUUCGCUUCGAGGCGACCCCCAGGUUCUGGGACAGGAUGCGGAUGCCCGGCUGGAACGACGGCGGCCCCGGAGACCACGAGAUGUUCCCGGCGCAGGAGGCUGCCGGCGGGUGCUCCUUGCUAGACUUUUGCCUUCUCAUGGGCGGUGUCGACAGCCAGACACCGGAGCCAAAGAUGUGCUGGGCUUUGAACUUGCCCUUCAUCGCCGCCAUCGCUGGCCUGGAGCAUGACGUCCGGGGCAACAAGAAGUUGGUGGCGCAGGGCCAGACGCCGGAGCCAGAGAUGUGCCCGGCCUUAAACCUGCCUUCGUUGCCGCCAUUGCCGGCCUGGAGCAUGACGUCCGGGGCAACAAAAAGUUGGUGGCGGAGGGCCAGACACCGGAGCCAGAGAUGUGCCGGGCCUUGA